CUUCUUCUUUCACUACACUCUCCUUACUUUCACUCAUCAUGGUCAGUGGUUCUCUAACAGAAGCUCUUUUGAGCUUACCAAACACGUCUGAAUCAUACAAGAGAGCCACACAACAUCCAUUCUUACAACGAGCCGGAACGCUUUCCCUUUCGACUGACUCACUGCAGAGAUGGUUAACGCAAGAUCGUUUAUAUGCUUUGGUUGGCUAUUCUGCAUUCUUGGGAACAUUGAUCGCUAAACUACCAGCUCCAAUUGUAGGACCUUCUUCAUCAGAAGGUAUCUUGCACAGACGACGAUUGAGUGUCUUGGCCGGUGCGAUGGCCAACAUUGAUCGAGAAGUGGGCUUUUUUGAACAAGUCGCCAAGGAUAACGGACUGGACUUGGCCGCAAAAUCUAAACCAACUGCAGCACAGAAUGAAGUAGAUUCACACCCACAAACAUCACCAGGAAGCUCACUCGUCGACCUAGGAUUGUUGAACAAUAUCACUCGUGGCUACAUCGAUUUUAUGGUCUCGACCGCUUCACGAGGAACGUUUGAAGAAGGUUUAGUCUUACUAUGGGCGAUGGAGAAGAUGUAUUUGGAUGCUUGGACGUAUGCAUCAAAGCAUCUUAAAUCGGAAGCACUUUCUUCUAAAGCCAAUCAACAACCUGGUCCUGCAAAGGCUUUGCUACAGCUCAUACCCAAUUGGUCAAGUGCCGAAUUUGCACAAUUUGUCAAGGAUAUAGGCGAACUCAUCGAUGGACUUGACGUAAAGAUUGAUUCAGAUUUAGGUAAACGUUUACAAGAAGUUUGGAUCGUAACACUAUGGUACGAGGAACGCUUCUGGCAAGCUGGGGAGUAAUAGCUGCAUUAUCAAUUCGUUAAUGAUAUACAUCAUCAUCCUUGCUUGACUGCGUCCACCUUCUUUCGCUUCGGGGCAUUGUUGUGUGUUCAAUGAUCAGUUUGCGUAAGGUGUGAAAAUUGAACGAAUCGCAAGCCGACAUCCGAACUGAUCAACCACCAUCAUCUUAUUGGACCAAGAUGCAUCUCAGUACCUAUCUUGCUUAUAUUAUAAUUC